AUGUCCACCCCCGACUCCUUCACCCUCGACCUCCCGACGCCCUCAUCCCCUCCACCCCACACCCGCAACCGCAUCCUCUUCUUCUGGCACGCCUACGACGCCCUAACCCACCUCUUCAUCGAAGGCUCCUUCCUCUACCAAUGCUUCUUCAGCUACGCCUCCCUGCCCACGGGCAUCCUCAACUCCGGCCCGCACUUCCUCAACCGCUCCGACCGUGUCUACGGCCCGGCCUACGGAUCCGGUCCCAGCGCGCGCCUGUGGCAGGAAUACGCCAAGGCGGAUCGGCGCUGGGCCGGCGCCGAUUUAACGGUCAUCUCGCUGGAGCUGUUGACCGUGUUUGUGGGCGGACCUGCGGCGGUUUAUGUGUGUUAUUUGCUGUGUCGGUCGUCAAAUGAGAAGCUUAGUGCGAAGGUGCGGGGUGGGGCGAAGGCGACGCUGUGGUUUGUUGCGACUGCGUUGGCGACGGCCGAGUUGUAUGGUGGGUUUAUGACCUUUGCGCCGGAGUGGUUGACUGGUAGUUCGCAGCUUGCUACUGAGGAUCCGGUUUAUCUGUGGUUGUAUCUGUUCUUCUUCAACACUCUUUGGGUGUUUAUUCCUUUGUGGGUGUUGUGGGAGGCUGGUAAGGAGUUGCAGGCUGCUUUUGUUACACAGGAGGUGGCGGAGGCUGAGCAGAAGGGGAAAUAA